UCUAAUAAUUAGAAAGUAUGUGGGUUGUGGCGUCAGAAAGAAGCCUUUAUUUUGAAGGAUUUGCCGGGAGUCGCGUCUUCACCUGCAGCAGAUAUUUCGCAUGAAGUAACGGAGCAUCUGUCCUCACCUGCUGCACACGAACAUGAGUGGCCCCAGUUGUGAGACCCAGAAAGUCAAAUGUCUCCUGUCGACUUGAUGAAAAAAGAGUGCUUCACUUCCGGGACUCUGUCCUCCACGUCUGUGAAGAGUCUGAAGACCAGAUUCAUCAGGAGGAGGAGAGUCGCCCCUCGGGAUCACCAGCCGUCGAUCAGCGACUCCGUGAUCUGCAGGUGCUGUGUUGCACCCAGGUGUGGAAGUAAUCGCACUGUUCGGCGAAUCCUCGCAGCCUGCUUGGUCUCCUUCCUGGCCUUGCUGGGUUCUGUGUCGCUCAACUUGAGUUCUGACUUCAACCUGCUGCGUACGACCGAGGCAGUGUAUGAAGAGCUGACCUCCUGCAGGACCAUAACAGUCUUGCAACUCGUCAGUAAGCUUCAGAAGAUCCGACUUCAUGGACUCUUAAACGGCACAGGAAACCAUGAACGCAACACCAGUUCUUCUGAGAUUCAGUUUCCUCCGCUCGGGCUGUGUGCUGAGGUCAGGGUUGAUGGUUUUGGACACGCCUGCACUGCUGAGGCUUGUCAAGAGAUGACCAGGAGCUUGUCAGACUUUCUGCUUGGAUUAAAUGCUUCAAGCGAAGCUCCUCUUUUGGACGUUGAAAGACUUCUGGACACAUGGAAUAGCAAGGAGGAUAUGUUAGUCAAAGUAAAGCUCAACGCCCAGUGGCAAGAGCUCCUCUCUUUGAGGCUGCUCCUAUCAUUCAUCGGGCUAAACUAUCAGAUGGUGGACCUCCCCAACCUGGCAACGCACCUUGACUUUCAGCAAAAGUGGACCUUUAUUUUGAGGCACUUGAGCUUUGCCAGGAUGAUGAGUGAACAACUGAACGACUGUUGGCUUGAUAAAAUAGAUGUCAAGUUCAACACAACCUUGGAAUCCAUCUAUGACUCAUGGGAGCUCUCAGGCGCUUUGGCAGGCUCUCCUGAUGGACUUGAAGCCCUGACUGAUACUCAGCACUGCUUGCGAGAUGGAGCUGUGUUAGGGCUCCGGCUGGAGUCCCGGACUCUGACCUCAGGUCUCGGGAUCAAGAUAUGCCUGCUCACACUGGCCUGCCUCAUCUACCCGCUGGUGAUAUUCUCCUUCAAGCAGAUGACAGAGUGGAUUCAGGACUAUGCUCAAUGCCUGAAGCAGAAGACCAAGGACCUGAAGCAGCAACGAUGCCUUGCUGAAGACCUCCUGCACCAAAUGCUGCCCAAGUCGGUCGCUCAACAGCUCAGGCAGAAGAAGCACGUGGAGGCCGAGAGCUAUGAGAAGGUCACUAUUUUCUUCUCGGACAUUGUCGGCUUCACGUCCAUAUCUGCCUCCUGCACACCUCUGCAGGUGGUGGAGAUGCUCAACAACCUCUACAUGUGCUUUGACAUGCGCAUCGACUUCUAUGACGUGUACAAGGUGGAGACCAUCGGAGAUGCCUACAUGGUGGUGAGUGGGCUUCCUGAGAGGAAUGGUGAUAGGCAUGCAGAUGAAAUUGCAAAGAUGGCCUUGGACCUGGUGGCAGCGGUCAGGCAAGUGUCCGUCCCACACAUGCCCAAUGAGAAGCUCCAGUUACGGGCCGGGAUACACACAGGGCCAUGUGUGGCUGGGAUUGUUGGCUACAAGAUGCCAAGAUAUUGUCUGUUUGGAGACACGGUCAACACUGCGUCCAGGAUGGAGUCCACCAGCCUGCCUCAGAAGAUACACACCACCUUCGACACCUACCUGGCUCUGAGCAAACUCGGUAUCUACGAGAUGGAGCUCCGAGGAGAAAUCGAAGUCAAGGGAAAAGGCAAAAUGAGCACAUACUGGCUGACUGGCCACAAGAGCUACAGCGUUGUGAACGACAGCCUGGUCUGCAAGUGGAGUCCCAGCAUGGCCCGGAAGAAGAAGACAGCGGCAAGUAGUGAGGCAUCGGUCGCCGGAGUUCCCUGAACGCAUCU